GGAGCAUAAAACAAACCAAUUGGUCCAAAGCUGUUCGCAGUGUUAAUCGCAGUCCAACGUGACGCACAACCUUAACAACAAGAACAACAAGAAGACCCCGAUAAACCACCAUGGGAUUCUUCACCUUCGCUGCUGCAGGCGGCGGCCUGAUUCUGAUGGGCACAUUGGAAGCCAUCUCCUCCUCCACCGUCGACCCAUCUCCACCGUCCACUCAUCCCCAAUCGAAACCGCAAAGGACCCAGUUCAAAUCGUCGUUCAUCUACUUCCUCCUCGCAUCCAUUCUCUCCUUCCUCUUCAUUCUCAACUCGUUGGUUUCUUUCUUCGACGCCUUAAACUCAAACGAUCGGGUCGGGUCAGCCCAGCAGCUCCAGGUCCUCGCGAUUGCCGCCCUCUUCUUCCUCUACUCCAUCACCGGCCUCCUGGUAAACUUCACCAACUCAUCUUUCCCUUCUUCGCUGCUCAAUUUGAUCGUCCUCUUCGGUUUCGUUGAAGAAUUCAUGUACUUUUAUCUUCAAAGAAAAGACACUGCUGGAAUCGAGAAUCGAUACUUUGAUCUGCUGCUGGUGCCGAUUUUCGUCUGUGUCUUCUCCACAGUUCUUGAAUUGCACAACCCUAAAUCGGUUUUCCCCAAAUUGGCUCGCGGAGUUGGCUUGGCUCUACAAGGACUGUGGUUCCUGCAAAUGGGUCUUUCGAUUUAUACGCAUUGGAUGGCUCAUGGGUGCUCAUUGAAGGAAAAGAGUAGAGGGAAUUACACGGUCAAGUGUAAGGGGCACCCUGAAUAUCAUAGGGCUAGAGCCAUCGCUACGCUUCAGUUUAACUGCCAUUUGGCUCUGAUAGUGGUUUUGGUGGUGGGGCUGUAUUCGAUUGUGGCGAGGAAAACAGGAGUUGUUGCUGAUUUCUCGAGCUAUAAGCCGCUUGGCGCGGAGAUGCAGCAUCAGAUUGAUAGUCAGGGGCAGUUUACUUUGGAUUCGGAAGAUGAUAGUGAUGAGGAGGUUAGAGAAGAGGGCAAUGUGGUUAUGAACAAGGCCGGCGGGGAAGUGGAGUUGGGUGUGAAUGGUAAUGGGACUUAUAAAUGAGGUCGACUGACAUGUUAGUACUAAUUUACUUCUUCCUUUGCCCUGGAGUAUGGAAUAUUGGUGGCGUAAAUCAAUCUUUGUGUAACCCUCCCCGUCAUAAAGAUCAUAAAGGGGAAGAUACAAAGAAGAGUGGGUAUCGUUGAUGUUUAAGCUGGAAGAGAAUAUGUAUAUAGGAGCAGGAUAAAUGUUAACCUUUUGUUCUCUAAAACCUCUUUCCUAUGUUUAAAUGAAACUUCAUUACUUGUUUGAUUUUCUUGCAUCGCCUUGAAAUUAUGGAUGUGA